AAAUAUAUUCAUUUAUUGAAAUAAAUUUACAAGAAAGCAGAUGAGAUUUCCCCAUUCAAAGUCCAGAAGUGUCACUUUCCCACAGAGUUUAGUUUGAUCUCUAAUUAAACGCACCUGAAUCAACUAGUCAAGGUCUUUGUGUUUACUUUAAUAACAGCCAGGUGUGUCGAAACUAAACUCGGCAGGAAUGAGGAACCUGCUUUACAGACUCGCAGACAAACCUGUUUUACACACGUCACUCAAACCCAGAACCAGUAAAGUAUUUAAACUCAUCAGUUCAGGGAAAGAGAAACUGAAGCAUUAGUUGAGCUGUUGAGUGUUUGUGUCUGUAUUUCUGCAGUAAAAUGGCAGAAGCCAGAAUUUUGGUGGAUCAGAAGGAGUUCAUGUGUGCAGUGUGUCUGGAUCCAGUGGCCCUUCCCUGUGGACACAGUUACUGUAAGAGCUGUAUUACAGAGUGCUGGGAUCACGAGGAUCAGAUGAGAGUCUACAGCUGCCCUCAGUGCAGACAGACCUUCAGUCUAAGACCUAGAAACACCAUGCUGGCUGAAGUGGUGGAGAAACUGAAGAAGGCCAAACUCUCUGCUGACUGUUACGCUGGAGCUGGAGAUGUGCAGUGUGACGUCUGUACUGGAAGAAAAUACAAAGCCGUCAAGUCCUGUCUGGUGUGUCUGGAAUCUUACUGUCAAACUCAUUUUGAGCAGCAUGAGGAGUUUCAUUCACGUAAGCCACACAAAGUGACUGAAGCCACUGGACGACUGCAGGAGAUGAUCUGCCAGAAACAUGAGAAGCUCCUUGAGGUUUUCUGUCGCACUGACCAGAAGUGUAUAUGUGUGCUGUGUGAUGAACAUAAAAACAACGACACUGUAUCAGCUGCAGCACAGAGGACAGAGAAAUAGAAGCAGCUGAAGGAGACGCAGAAG